AUGGUGGUGUACAAUUUCAAGAAGAUGGCAUCGGUGCCUCCGGCGGAAGACCUGAUCGACAUCAUCCUUACCCGCACGCAGCGCAAAACGCCGACAGUGAUUCACCCAGGCUACAAGAUCAGCCGGAUCAGGUCCUUCUACAUGCGGAAGGUCAAGUUCACGCAGGAGACGAUUAGCGAGAGGCUCGGCGCUAUCAUCGGGGACUUCCCGCGCCUUGACGACAUCCACCCGUUUUACGCAGACCUGCUCAACAUCUUGUACGAUCGCGACCACUACAAGCUGGCGCUGGGGCAGAUGAACAUGGCCAAGAAGCUUGUCGAAGCUCUGAGCCGCGACUACGUGCGACUCCUGAAGUACGGCGACUCGCUCUACCGGUGCAAGCAGCUCAAGCGGGCGGCGCUCGGACGCAUGUGCACGCUGCUCAAGAGGCAGAAGGCGUCCCUCUCGUACCUGGAGGAGGUGCGCCGACACCUCGCCCGCCUCCCCGCCCUCGACCCCAACACGAGGACCCUCCUGCUCACCGGCUUCCCCAACGUGGGCAAGUCCAGCUUCAUGAACAAGGUCACUCGGGCGGAGGUAGACGUGCAGCCGUACGCCUUUACCACCAAGUCCCUCUACGUGGGACACAUGGACUACCGCUACCUCCGCUGGCAGGUGGUGGACACCCCGGGUAUCCUCGACCACCCCUUGGAGGAGCGCAACACGAUCGAGAUGCAGGCCGUGACGGCCCUGGCUCACCUUCAGUGCUGCGUGCUCUACUUCAUCGACAUCUCCGAGCAGUGCGGCUACACUAUCAAGGAACAGGUCUCCCUGUUCGAGAGCAUCAAGCCUCUGUUUGCCAACAAGCAGCUGCUGGUCAUCGCCAACAAGACGGACGUCGCCCCCUUCGCCGACAUCAAGGAGGAGGACCGGGUUUCCAUAGAGAAGCUGGCGGACAGCGCCGGGGUAGAGCUGCACCUGAUGAGCAACGAGACGGAGGAGGGCGUGCAGGAGGUCAAGACCGCGGCCUGCGACAAGCUGCUGCAGGCCAGGGUAGACGCCCGCAUGGCGGGCAAGAAGGUGGGGGGUCUGGUGUCCCGCCUGACGGUGGCCAUGCCGAAGGCUCGCGACGGUCGCGACAGGGCGCCGACCAUCCCGGCGUCCGUCGUUGCCAAGCGCGCCGCCGCCGCCGCCGCCUCCGCCGGUGGCGCGGGGAGUUCCAUGGACGUGGACGGCGGGGAAGGGGGCCGGUCGCAGCCGACCGCUCGCAAGACGGAGAAGGACCUCAUGUGGGAGAACGGGGGGCCCGGGGUUUACUCGUGCGACUACCGCAAGUACUACGACCUCAAGGACGAUGCGUGGAAGAUGGACCGCAUCCCCGAGAUCAUGGACGGCAAGAACGUGGCCGACUACGUCGAUCAGGACAUCGACGCCAAGCUCGCGCUGCUGGAGCAGGAGGAGGACCAGCUCCAGGCGGAAGCGGAGGCGAACAAGGAGUACGAGUCCGACGUGGACGAGGACGAGCGGGCGUUGGCCCAGGCCAUUCGCGACCGUUCCAAGGUCAUCAAGAAGGAGUCGCGAGCGCGCAAGUCGAGAAACGCGAUGCAGGUGCCGCGCACGAACCGACCCGCGCUCAAGAUGGACGAGGCGGUGGCGCAUCUGGAGGGGCUCGGGGUGCACACGGAGGGCAUCCGCGGCAGGGCGACGACGAGAAAGCGCGGCCGAUCGCUGGGGCCGGCCGGGGGGGAAGACGAAGAGGGCGGUGCGGAUGGGCAGGUCGACGGGAAGAAGACGAAGCGAUCGGACAGCGUUGUCGUCACGCGAACAGGUGGCUCGAGAUCACGCUCCCGCGGACCGACGCAGGCCCCUCGGGAUAUCGGUCUCAAGGACGAGAGUCAGAGGAAGGCGGCGGAGAAGAUCAUGCGCUCCGGACGGAAGGAGCGAAACCGCUUCGCACGAGCCGGAGAGGCGGACAGAAAGGAAGGGCCGAAGCUUGUCAAGCACCUGCUGGCGGGGAAGAUGGGGCUCGGCACCCGCCGCUCGCGCUAGGCGUCCUGUCCAGCUGUCUGGACAAGUGUUUCGUUUCUCUGUCCUCUGGGAUGGCUGCUGGCUUCUACUGCUGCGUAACGUUGCGGCUCUCUGCAGUGGGGUGGGAACAGACGCGUCGGGGGCGCUCCCUCCUUUGUAUGCUAUUUUCUCCCGCAUAUUUUGGUGUCUGAGGUUAUCGUCAGCGCAGCGACAACAUGCACAGUUGUCGACGUAUACAGACAAGGUGGUUGUUUGGGUGCCGGCAGGUGAUGGGAUAAUAUUCGGUUUUGGCAUAACUUGAGGCUGAGCCUAUCGUCUUGUUUCGGAAACCGCGAGGGCUUUGGCCGGCAUAUCGGCUCUAUCGCGCACAGCAUGUAUUUUUUCUUUUUGCGCAUGAGCUACUACAACAGUAGAGGUAAUGCCCACAAUGGGGCCUGGACGACUAGUAAAGAGCGGCGGAUCCAUGUGGCUGGAGACUUGCCACUCCUUGAUGCUUGACUGCACUCUUGUUCCCGUAGCCGGUUACAAAUUGUACCACUCUAUUUUUGUGUCUUUGACGUACAUGACGACGUUUGUUUGCCGAUUUGGUUCGAUUCCGCUGCAUGUCGCUGUCUGCCGGCGAAGCAGACAUAAAUAACAGGUGGACCUUUCCCCU